UACUAUCGGAAUUUCGCUACUGUAAACCCAACCCACGGGAAAACCCUAGUUUAUAAAUUCAUAUAAGACGUUCCAAUUUCCGCUAUCUGCCUCAAUAACUCUCUGGUGAAACCCUAAUUCGAGCACUCAUUCCUCUCCCCUCUACAUCAAAAAUGAAGGUUAUCGCUGCUUACCUGUUGGCCGUAUUGGGAGGCAACGCAUCCCCUUCAGCCGCUGAUAUCAAGAAGAUUCUCGGAUCAGUUGGAGUUGAGGCUGAGGACUCAAACAUUGAGUUGCUCCUAACUGAAGUCAAGGGCAAAGAUUUUGCCGAGCUUAUUGCCAGUGGAAGGGAAAAGUUGGCUUCAGUUCCCUCUGGUGGUGGUGCUGUUGCUCUUUCUGCUGCAUCUGGAGGAGGUGCUGCAGCUGCCGCUCCUGCUGCUGAAGCUAAGGAGGAGAAGAAGGUUGAAGAGAAGGAAGAAUCUGAUGAUGACAUGGGAUUCAGCUUAUUUGACUAAGCGGGUUGCUUGUUAGACAUUUGUGGUUCUAGCUAUAGUUUUAGUUUACUCACAAGAUUUUGCUAUUUUAUUUCAAUUGAGACAAUGUAAUGACAUCGAAUUUAGGUGUUUUGAAUCUGUGUUACCUUUUUUGGGUUCUUUUAUUUAUAUGAAUGAGUACAAGACUAAAAUGAAUUUCCCCUCCUUUCA